AUGGCGAAGCUCAACAUUUAUGGCCGAGGCUUCGGCCUUCGCAUGGCUAUCUUGUUCACUUGCCAGUUAGCGUUUGUUCUUUUCGGUUACAAUCAGGGGAUAUACUCGGGGAUUGUGUCAAAUGAGGAUUUCCUUGCCGUGGUGGACAACCCUGGUUCGGGCAUGGUGGGAUUCAUAGUUGGCAUAUACAACCUGGGAUGUCUGGUUGGGACGGUGAUCUCCUUCCUACGGAGUGAUAAGCUUGGAUUUCGAAGGUCGAUGUGGUUCUCGAUGGCUGUGAUUAUGAUUGGAGGCACAGCCCAAACCUGUUCCUUUUCUAGGACUCAGAUACUCGUGACCCGCUUCUUCACGGGCAUUGGAACCGGUGUGAUGACAGCAGCCGUGCCGGUGUAUCAAUCGGAAUUAUGUGAUGCACGGAAACGAGGAAUGUAUGUCUGCAGCCAGCCUCUUGCAGUCAGUAUCGGCAUUUGCGUGGCCUACUGGUUCGACUACGGGUUGAGCUAUGUCAACGGCUCUAUCAGCUGGAGACUCCCGAUUGCUUGCCAGCUUCUCCUCGCAGCUGGUGUGUCUGUUCUUAUCCUUGGCCUCCCUGAGAGUCCCCGAUGGCUGUAUCGCCAUAAAAAGGAGGACGCAGCAUUGCGUGUGCUCUGCGACUUCUACGACCGGCAAGCGGAUGACCCGAAAGUCAUCCAGGAAGCAGAAGGAAUCCGCCGAGCCAUCGAAGCUGACAACGCUCGAGGGGAGUACAAAUGGUCUCAGAUCUUCAAGAAGGAUGAGCUUCACACCGGUCGACGAGUCUUGCUGGCCUAUGGGCUGCAAUUUAUUAACCAGAUGGGUGGUGUCAACCUGAUAGUCGUAAUUCUCCAAUACAACGUGGGCCUCGAUGCCAAGCUCAGUCUAUUACUGGGCGGAGUGAUCGAACUCAUGUUUGUCAUAGGCUCCUUUUAUCCCACCUUCUACGCCGAUCGCCUGGGACGUCGUGGCCCAAUGAUGUGGGGAUCAUUUGGCCAGUUCCUGUGCAUGCUUCUGAUCUCCAUUCUUCUAUCGUUCAAAGGAACCGAUCUCGAAAGAGCAACGGCCACGGCGUCAGUGCCAUUCUUCUUCCUCUUCAUGCUCAUCUUCGGAGCCUCCAUCAACUGCAUACCGUGGGUGUAUGGACCGGAGAUCCUUCCCCUGCAUGUCCGCAACAAAGGGUCCGCCAUCGGUAUCUCGGCAAAUUGGCUUUGGAAUUUCUUCGUCGCCAUGAUCGCGCCCGUCCUCAUCAAGGAUCUGGAAUGGAAGGGGUAUCUUAUCUUCAUGUGUUUCAACUUGCUGUUCGUGCCGAUCAUCUAUUUCUACUACCCUGAGACGGCGAACAUGAGUCUCGAAAACAUCGACCAACUCUUCAUGGAUAAGAAGCCGUAUCAACCGGAAGGAUCGAGUGAGAAUACUAAAGGAUCGGUGACUUGCACGGAGGUUACGGAGAUCAAGCCAGCGAUUUAG